AUGGAGAUCUAUAGGGAUCGGGCUAGGGGUAAGCUUUUGUUAACUCAAAAAAGUUACAUCGAAAAGAUUUUAUCUCGUUUUGGGAUGAAGAAAUCGAAGCCUAUAAGUAUACCAACAUCUAUGAGCUGCAAAUUGUCUUUGUCUAUGUCACCUCAAACUGAGGAGUUGGCAUAUAUGUCUAGGGUCCCUUAUGCCAACGUAGUUGGUUGUUUGAUGUAUGUUAAGGUCUGUACUAGGCCCUAUAUUGCGCACGCUGUUUGUGUUGUGAGUCAGUUCAUGGCUCGACCAGGGAGAGAGCACUGGCAGGGGGUGAAAAGGAUUUUUCGCUACUUGAGAGGGACAACUGAUAUUAGUCUUGUGUAUGGGAAUGGUAAGAAGUUUUUGGUAACUGGGUAUAGUGGUUCAGAUUAUACAGCUGAUGUGGAUACCAGGAGGUCAAUGACUGGUUAUGUGUUUACUUUGGGUGGUUCUAUGGUUAGUUGGAAGUCUACAUUGCAGUCUUCGGUUACACUAUCUACUGCUGAAGUUGAGUAUAUGGCUUUAAAUUCUGCAGCUAAAGAGUCGAUUUGGCUCAAAGGCCUUGGUGGUGAACUGGGUAUUGCAUAA